AGCUACCACAACCUCCCGUCAGCACGCACCGAUGAGCAGGCCAUGCUGUCCUCCAUCCUCGCCAAAACGGCCAUCAACAUCAUCGACGUGUCGGCAGCGGAUUCCCAGGGCAUGGAGCAGCACGAGUACAUGGACAGAGCCAGGCAGUACAGCACGCGCCUGGCCAUGCUGAGCAACAACCUGACGCACUGGAAGAAGCUCCCACUGCUGCCGUCUCUGACCAACCAACCGCACCAAGUGCUUGCCAGCGACCCCAUCCCCUUCGCAGACCUGCAGCAGCUUGGUAUGGCCUCGCCGGAGGAGCACGGACACCGCUGGCUCGAGCACGGGUCGUGCCGGGGCUCCCAUGAGCCGCGGUGCUAG